ACAGCAAAGCAAAGCAAAGCAAAGCAAAGCAAAGCAAAGCAAAGCAAAGCAAAGCAACCCAUUCAUUUCCAACCUCACUCUCACUCUCACUCUCACUCUCGAUCUCUCUCUUGCUCUCGCUGUCACUCAUCAGCUUCACUCCAACUCCCUUGAAACUUUGUUACGGUUAGACGAAAUAUAGAUUACCUAGUACUAGAUACCUAAGGACGGUUCUCGAUUCUCCUUUCUAUCUUUUAAACUCAGACCUUUCUAUACCCAUCUACCUACCUAGGUACUUUCUGUACUGUCAAUACUCCCUCAUUCCAUUUCGCAUCGCACAAAAGUUGGUACAUUGAUUGGGUUUCAUUGUUUAUCUUAUGUAUGAAUGAGACGAGAAACUGAUAUUCUACUGUACUUGAAUUUACGGAGUGCUCAUGCUAUCAUCAUCUUUCAGUAAUUUUACAUCCAUACCAAAAUGACCUCAGGCUAUCCAUAUUCACCCCAUCACAACAACGGCAACAAUAGAAAUCCAAAUUCGGCAUCGACUCCCAACUCGAACUCAACCAACCGUUCAUUAUGGAGCAACGAACCUUUGGCUGGUAGAGGAGAGGACAUUGAUGAAUCUCUAACUUUACCUCCAAUUAGUCGACCAAAUCCCGAGAAUAGAUUGGAUCUACCCGCAAUAUCAUCAUCACCACUUUUUGUAUCGGAUUCCCAUACAGGACAAACACAGCCAGAACAAUCGUCUCACAGUCGCGAUUCAAGGAGCAAUGCAUCGGGAAUGAGACUUGGAGCCGUAUCCGCCUCUACAACAACCGCAAAUUCAAAUUCGGAGCCCGGUGAAAACCGUACAAAACGCACUCAGAGCUCAUCUCCCCCCGAUCUUUUUUCUUUUGAUCCUUUCGACGAAACCAUCCGGUAUCGAUCACCACCUCCACAACCACCAUCGAAUCAAGUGGGUCGACAAAAUUCACGACCAUCUUCACAACCAGGAAGAGGGUCUUCCUUUUAUGACGACGACGCGGAGGCUUUAGCAAAUUUUGACUGGGACACCUUUCUUUCACAAGACAACGAAAACGACGAGGAGAUUGACGAUCCAUUUGCAUCGCCACCACAAAUACCUAGUGGAGCUUCUGAUAGUUACGGUGUGGUUGAUCUUACUGAAUCAUCACCAGCCAUGGUUCCCCCACCAGAAAGACGCAGAGCUCUUAGCGGCACCAGUUUACGCCCAGCUACUCUCACCAGACCGAAAUCCUCAAAACGACGAAAGCCAGUUCUCUCAAAGUCUACAUCUGCAAAACGUCGCAAGCUCUCACCAUCAGAAACAAAACCCGAGGAAGAUGUCGAAGUGGUUGAUCUCGCGGAGAAUUCAAAUCUAGAAGAAUAUGAAGCUGCGAAGGCGAAGAGACAAGAAGACUUGAUCAAACAACAAAACCAAGAUGAAGCAACGAAACCGGUCAAAUUGGUGGAGUUCCAGUGUAUCAUAUGUAUGGAUAAUCCGACGGAUCUGACGGUAACACAUUGUGGCCAUCUAUUUUGUUCCGAGUGUCUUCACUCAGCAUUACAUGCAGGGAAUAACGGCAGGAAAUCAUGCCCCGUCUGUCGAACCUCAAUUAGCACUACGAGCCUGCCCGGUCGAAAGCCACCUAAGAACGGUACAUUCCCUAUAGCGAUCAAGUUAAUGACGGCGAACAAAAUGGGAAAGAAACCCAAGAGGAACUGAUGGCUUCGCUGAAAGAUGUCUGGGGGUAUAUUAUAUCAGGGGUUUGUUAAAUGAAAAGCGACAAUGGAGGGACUUCUAUAAAUGGAUUCAUGGCAAAGACCACGGCGUUAUGGGCUGGACUGGGAUGGACUGGACUGACGAGAUACCACAUCUGGAAAUUGGGACUUCAACACUUUGUACAUUGGCAAGCUGGGGCGGAUCAAAUAAAUAUCACUUCUAUGAUUUUUGUGUGUGCGCAAUAGCAUUCUACAAAGAUAGAUUGGGGGGUAGUUGAGAGAUCUCACCAUAUUUAUAACACAAUGCAAUACUUUCUGCAUUAAAAUACAAGAUAUCGAGGAAAAUAUUGCCCUUUUCAGGUUUUGUUUCCGAGA